AAAUUGACAUCAAUCAGCUGUGAUUUAAACAUGCAAGAAUAAACAAAUAAAAACGAAAAAAAGAAUACCAGUUUACUUUUCUUUACAUUAAAGCGAAAUAACAAUGUACGAAAAAGAAAAAGAAACGAUCGAGAUUGGUAUAAUUGGUGCUGGUGGCAUGGGUCGUUUUUAUGCUCAAACAUUCUCUAAAGCCGGCUGGAAAAACGUGAAUGUAUGUGACCUGCCAGAAAAGUAUGAAAAUUUAAAGAAAGACUUCGAAGGUACGCCAAUCAAGGUAUUGCCUGAUGGAUUUCAUAUCUCAAGACGUUGCGAUUGGAUCAUGUAUGCUGUCGAGGCAGAGUACAUCAAUGCUGUAGUAAAGCAAUAUGGACCUGCUACCAAAAUUGGUGCUAUUGUUGGUGGGCAGACCUCCGUUAAGAAGCCCGAGAUCGAGGCAUUAGAGAAAUAUUUACCUGAAGAUGUCCACAUUAUUUCUUGUCACUCUAUGCAUGGUCCUGGCGUUGAUCCUACAGGACAGCCUCUGAUUGUCAUUAAACAUCGUGCUACUGAUGAAAAACUUGAUUUAGUACUUAAGCUUCUAUCUUGCUUUAAAUCCAACAUUGCACAACUUACAGCUGACGAACAUGAUCGCAUUACCGCGGACACACAAGCUGUAACCCAUGCUGCUUUCUUGACUAUGGGUAGUGCAUGGAGAGCAAAUGCUCAAUUUCCCUGGUUAUUACCCCAUUUUGUGGGAGGUAUCGAGAACGUCAAAGUGAACGUAGCAUUACGUAUUUAUAGUAACAAGUGGCAUGUUUAUGCAGGUCUUGCUAUCAUGAACCCUAUUGCCAAAGUCCAAAUCACACAAUACGCUAAAUGCGUAGCAGAUCUAUUCAAAUUGAUGAUUCAAGAAAAGGAAGAGGAAUUCCGAGCACGUAUUAAAAAGGCAGGCGAAUUUGUGUUUGGAGGUCUUCAAAAGGAUCAUGUUCCCAUUCUUUUAGAUGAUCGAAUUUUAGAUGAAUUUUCACUUUCAAAGAUACCCAAAGAAAAGAAGCAACCCAAUUCCCAUUUAUCUCUUUUGGCCAUGGUGGAUUGCUGGCAUCAAUUAGGGUUGAAUCCUUAUGAACACAUGGUGUGUCAAACGCCAUUAUUUAGAAUGUGGAUGGGUAUUACUGAGUAUCUGUUCCGUAAUGCAAGCAUGUUGGAUGAAGCUAUCAAUGCUGCUUUGUACCGUAAAGAAAUCCGACCUGAUGAUAUGGAAUUUGUGACAUGUGCUAGAGGUUGGGCAGAAUCCGUCUCUUUAGGAAGCAUGGAAGGAUAUCAAAAAAGAUUUGAAGAGACCGCUGAUUUCUUUAGGGAUCAAUUUGCUGAAAGUACAAUUGUUGGUAAUCGAAUGAUUUCAAUGAUUUCCAAAAAUAUUUCGCAGUAGUAUCUGUUCAUCGCAUGAAUAAAUGGAAAUGUUUUUGCUUGUACAGUGA